GUUCUGACGAGACAGGGCAAGGCAACCGUCGAGUUUGUGCAUUUAAAAGCAAAAUAUUAUUUAACACGUGGGGAAAUUGGUGUGUAUGUGGGGGGAUCGCCCCACCCUCGGACCUUUUUUAAUUCAAGCUCCACUCCUCCUCUCCUUCCUUUUUCUUCCAGGAACAAAGCAGGUCCAUGAUUCAUAAUAGCCAGAAGAAUCUCAGCGGGUCAAGUGGGAAGCGUGGCCAAUAACGCUCUUCCGAUUGUUCCCAUUUCAUUAAGGUAAUGGGAAGUGCCGGGGCACCCAGCCCCCCUCUGCGUCAGCAACAGCAGCUGGGGGAUCUGGUAGGCUGCCGGUGGCCGAAUCUGCGGAGACAUUUCCCAGCGGAUCCUGCCCCUCCUGCCGCCCACCGCGAUUGAUCACCGCCUGUUACCCCUCCGCCGUCAAGCGGCUGCGCUCGGGGCUUGCCGGCAAAGUUGUCUCUGCUUCUUUCCGGAGGCUGCUGAGGCGCGGAGGCACCCCUGGCAAACCCGGAGGCUCCCAGCCAGGAGAAGGACCGCGGCUCUUUCCUGUCCUUGGAAGAGGCGGGAGCAGAGCGCCGACGGCUUGGGCGGUUAGGAACCGGUGUGUGUGCCUGGUGGGCAGGAUGCAGCUGUGCCGGGGCCGCGCGUUGGGCAUCUCCGUGGCGGUGGCGCACGGGGUUUUCUCCGGCUCGCUCAACAUCCUGCUGAAGUUUCUCCUCAACCGUUACCACUUCACCUUUCUGACGGUGCUGCAGUGCCUGACCAGCUCCACGGCGGCGCUCAGCCUGGAGGUGCUGCGGCGGCGGGGCACCCUCGAAAUGCCGCCCUUCAGCUUCAGCCUGGGGCGCGCUUUCGCUGGGGCCACGCUCCUCUCCACGCUGCAGUCCAGCCUCACCCUCUGGUCCCUGCGCGGGCUCAGCUUGCCCAUGUACGUGGUCUUCAAGCGCUGCCUGCCCCUCGUCACCCUCCUCAUCGGCGUCCUGGUGCUCAAGAACGGCAUCCCCUCCCUCGGGGUGUCGGUGGCCGUCCUUAUCACCACCUGCGGGGCUGCUCUGGCAGGUGCGGGUGACCUGACUGGUGAUCCCAUUGGGUAUGUCACCGGAGUUCUGGCUGUGUUGGUACAUGCAGGAUACUUGGUUGUGAUUCAAAAGAUGAGUUCAGAUAGUGACUACGGGCCUCUGACAGCCCAAUAUGCCAUUGCCGUUUCAGCCACACCUUUCCUCAUCCUAUUCGCCUUUGUCAGCAUGGAAGCCAUCAAUAUCUGGUCGUUCCCAGGAUGGAAAGAUCCCCUCAUGACAUUCAUCUUUUUUGCCUGUGUCUUAUUGGGCUGUGCCAUGAAUUUUACAACCCUUCAUUGCACUUACAUCAACUCAGCUGUAACCACUAGUUUUGUUGGUGUUGUGAAGAGCAUUGCAACCAUCACCGUUGGGAUGGUAGCGUUCAAUGAUGUGGCACCCACAAAGCUGUUCAUAGCAGGCGUGGUAGUAAACACUGUAGGAUCCAUCACCUAUUGUGUGGUCAAGUUUAUUGAAACAAGGAAACAGAGUAAUUAUGAAGAUCUGGAAGAGGAACUUAGAGAAGAAGAGAAGAAAGACUAUGAGGGAGGUCAACCACCCUUUUCAAUGGAGGAGCUGCCUAAGGAGGCAGAAUCUGGAGAUCCAAUAAUGGAGGAGUCAGCAGAUGAAAACAAACAGCACAGCACAGAAGAGAUGGGCAGCACUGGAGAAGAAAGAAAAGCUGCUGUUCUUCCAGUAGAUGGUAGUACCGAAGAACUUAACAGAAACUCACUAAAGAAUGCCUAUCUUGGAAUAUGGAGGUUAAUUAGGGGGGCCAAUUAUGCAAAGAAAGAUUAUCUAGUAGAAAACGAAGAGUUACCAAGUCCUUGAAGAGUAAUUCUGUAACAAAUUCCAAACAAGAAUCUACAGUAUGUCUUUUAUUCCUUGUGGUGGGAAUAUGGACCAACAAAUGC